UUGAAGUAAAAUAGGAACUGUAUCUCUCCGCCGCUCCACAAAACUCCCCCUUCCCCUCAAAACGCUCUGCAAUUACUCCUCGCCGCCGUGACUGUCACUUUCUUGUUCCUUGACCUUCUCUUCCCUUCUCCUCCUCCUCCUCCUUCAACUUCGUUGCUUGGCACUUCGAAGACUACAGCUUACUGUUUCCAUUCCCGCUGUUUGGUUGCCGAGAAAAAGGUAUAAAUGGCACGCUCCAAGGCUCCGGCAAAGAAGCAGCAAAAGCGAGGCAUCGACUUCAAAAAAAUAAAGCGAAAGAUUGGCAGAAAGUUGCCGCCACCAAAGAACGCCACGAAUACUGAAAUUAAGUCCAAAGCAAUUGUUCUUCCCGAACAGAGUGUGGCAUCGGAGAAGGCAGGAUUAGCAGUGAACAAGAAAGGUUUAACGUUGAAAGAACUUCUUCAGCAAACAUCUCAUUACAACCCAAAAGUUCGUAAAGAUGCAUUAUUGGGUAUGAAGGAUUUACUCCUUAGGUAUCCAGAAGAGUUGAGGUUGCACAAGUAUGCUGUUGUUGAAAAGCUGCGUGAACGCAUUGGCGAUGACGAUAGGCUGGUUCGAGAUACGCUAUAUCAACUUUUUAAGUCAGUAAUUUUACCUGGCUGUAAGGAGGAUAAUCAAGAGCUGUUGAUUUCCUUGAUGAUGGCCUAUAUAUUUAAUGCAAUGACACAUUUAGCAAUCGAUGUUCGGUUGAUGGCUUUCAAAUUUUUGGAGCUUGCUAUCCAAUACCAUCCACCUUCCUUCUUCUUGAAUGCUGAAAAGAUUCUUCAAAGCUUUGAGGAUAUUCUGCGGAGGAACCAAUUUUUUUUAGAGGACAAGGGCAAGCUCAAGACUGCUCUUGCCGUCCUGGAACUAUGCUUGUCGCUUUUGCCAUGUAACAAGAGAGAAGCUCGCUCAUGUGAAAAGAAUGGUGCUGGACAAGGGAUACUGCAUGCUUUUGAGCCUGAUGUACCUGCAAAAUCUGCUGGAUGUUCAAUCAUCAUCCCAAAACUAAAGGAUCUUGUCCCAUUUCUAGUAAAUUGUUUCCAAGAUUUUAUUCCGGAAGUUCAGACUGGCUCUCUUCUUAAUACACAAUCAUUUGAUUGUAUGCUGUCCAUACUUAACAGCAUAAACCUUGCAGUCAAAUUCUUCUUUUAUAUGACUGAUGAGGGUAAACUAGAAUCACAACCUUCUCAAGGGGGGCAUGGUGUGACUAUGUGUGAUACUAUCUCUGUGACACUAGUAAAGAAGUUUUUACAAGUUUUGUUUCCCCUGAACAUGAGAAAUCAACUUUCAGAAAAGGAUGAUGUUAAAUAUUUUGUCUUGAACACCGUGAUGACAGAAAUAUUUUUGCACUCAAGCAAAUGGAUCUGCCCUCCUCCUGUUUUAUUUGAGAAAGUUUUAGAAUUUCUGGAAGAUUCUCUGCUUGGAAAGGUAUGCAAUGACACACUUUCUGGUAAGGCAGUCUGGGAGAAGCAUUUAAUUUCACUUCUUCCUUUUGUUCCAAAACUUGUUUCUCAAGUGGCAGUUGACUGGAAGUCUCGCCUUCUUCAGGCUUUUAGUGAGGCAUUCAAGGACUGCAAUCCUGUAUCCCCUUUAAAAUUGGCUUGUAUUUCUGUACUGGAGGAGCUGCUAGUUCCUAGACAAGACAUGCUGUACCUGGAUCCGAGUAUUCCCGAGAUAUUAGACUUUCAGAUUACGUGGAUAAGAGAGCUUCCUGUGUUGCUUAUUCUGCUGGAUGAUAAAAACCCAUACUAUUCCCAGGUUGUGCUGCACCUUCUACUUCGCCUGGGACAACGUGCUUUAGUGAACUCUUCCUUUGCAUGGGAAUAUGACAACAUCCAAUUGUCACUGCAAGAAUUUUUUGGCAUAAGUCAAGAUGAUGGAAAUGUAUUAUAUGGUCCCUUUUUAAGGCUUCCCAGAGAUUCUCAAGAACUCUCUCUUUCCUGCCUCUGUUAUAUCUCUAAUUUGGGUCCACCUUUGCUGAAGUCAAUAGCUUACUGUUGCCUAUGUCCUGAUCUGGAACAAUAUGUAUUAUUUCGAAUCAUAGAGGUCCUGAAUUCAGCUUAUAAAUCUGGGCAUAUUCAGAUUGUUGAUCACAUUAGUUUCUUGAUCACUUUGCUCUCCCGUUUCAGAGUUUUCCCAGAAAAUAUCGUUCCUGGUAGAGAGAGUGAUGUGAAUAUCUCAAAUCGAGGGACUUUUAAGUCACUCAGCCGAAUUGUCUGCUCAUGCCUGUCACAGAUGGGUGAUAAUACUCUUGUUUUGCAGAUGCUAGAGAAAAUUAUACUCGAUCAGAUGUCUCAAAAUCCUCCUCUAGACAACAUUUGUGCUAUGCUUAGGACGCUUAUUACACUGGACUCUAAAACCACAAUAAUUUCCCAAAGAGCUUUUAUAAGCCUUGGCAAUAUCCUUCCACGGUAUCUGAUUGACGUUGUGCAGUGCAUUGUUGAAGAUGACAAGAAGACCACCGUUUCCAUUUCUUCAAGUUCAUGUCGUUAUUAUCUCAUCCCUUGCUUUGUCUUGUUUGAUAAAAGUCACAAACUUCUGAAUCUUGUAUUGAAUACGUUGGGGUCAUGGAUAACUGAAAGUAGUUUGCUGCAUGUAACUGGUGAUCUUACCCACUACGCAACUGACAUUUCAAGUAUGGUAGAUGCAGUCGUUUUCCUGCUUCAAUUGAUGCAUAUGGAUGACAAAAUCUGUCAAAUCAUAUCUUCGUUCAAGGCAGAGAUUGACUAUAUCAUGGAAGGCAUCAGGUUAUUACAGUCAUCAGAGGAAAUCAGCAUGACGAUUGAAGAAAAGCACAAGGUGCAAUGUGCACUUGGUAGACUACAGAAUGUAAUAAAUACACUGCACGGUGAGAUGCAGUCAGUCUAGAAGAACGUUGUUAACCUGAGGUAACCUGCGUUGAAUACGCAACCAUGGUGGAAGUACAAGGAGUUUAAAGAUAACAGACGGUCCAGAUCCAGUAGCUGGAGUACGGCUUCUAGAUUGAUGUUGGUCGUCAAUCCUUGACUUGGUUCAGCUUAGGUACUCGAAGGCCCGGACUGGAUCCACAUCUCCUAUGGCCGUCGUGUCUACCUCAUGGUUUUCAACGAGUGUAACUAAUCAAAAGCAAAAGAAGAAAAGAGUCUCAAAACAUGUAGCAUAUUUUUCGGGUUUUGGUUGUAUGAAACUAAAGUAGUGUCUCCAUCAUAUAUCUGGCUAUGUUGGGUGUCCAAUUUUGUUGUAGAAAGAUUGAAACAGAUUGAUGGUGAUUUAGGAAUAGUUUUUCUUUGUACUUUUACUCCUUAUCUUUAACCUAGUAAUUGACAAGAUCAUUAUUUUUGUUAA